GCGUUCCACUCGCCUGUGUGUGUGUGUCUGUGUGUGUGUGUGUGUUUGUGGGUGACACUUCAGCUAAGAGCUUUUCUCAAACACAAACUAAAGCUGCUCGAUCACAUACUACCGUGGGGGCCUUUUGGUGAAACAUAUUGGGAAAAUGUAAUGCACGCACUGUAUGGAAACAACGUCCAAAUCGGAGCGAUUGCACUGGACUACUGAAGUAGGGAAGAUAAGUACUGGAUGCACCAAAGCCAUGCUGAAACAAUUUGGCCUCCUCAAACAGUUUGGAUCUGCAGGGAAGACACAAGAUGCUACUGACCUCCUCUCUGACGAUCUGGCUUUGGUGGAGCAGAGGGUGGAGCCUGCCAAGAGGAUUGCCCACAUUGUUUACAAAAAGCUGGCUGGCUGCCUGCAGAGUCAACAGGGUCUAGAUGCACAUAGACGCAUGAAAAAGCUGCCCCUGAUGUUGCUGUCUAUCAGUAUGGCUGAAAGUCUUAAGGAUUUAGAUGGUGAUUCUCCCCUCAGGAAGGUCCUGGAGAUGACCUGCUUCAUGCAGAGUUUUCUAGCAAAGACCCUGGCAGAUUUCGAAGUGAGGGUGGAGAAAGAGGUUUUGGAGCCCCUCAACAAACUCAGCGAGGAGGAUCUGGCCGAGGUUCUGAAGAACAAGAAGCAGUUUGCCAAACUCACGACCGAUUGGCUGAACGCUCGCAGCAGGUCCCAGACCAGCACAGGCCCACAGGCCAAGCAGGACGGGCUGCGAGAGGACAUGGAGGAGGCUUGGAGGAGACUGGAGAACAUCAAGGACCAGUACUCUGCUGAUCUCUAUCAUUUUGCAUCUAAAGAAGAUGACUACGCCCGCUACUUUGUCCGAUUGUUAGAUCUACAGGCUGAGUAUCACAAGAUAUCUCUUGGGUUUCUGGAGAGGAACAUUUCAGAGCUGAGAGAGAGUUGUGUCCAAGCAGGCCAACAAGACUGCAUGGAUAACAGCUUUGAGGGGAAGGUGUUUGGACGGUCCUUGCUCUCCCACAUUCUGGACAGUGGUGAGGAGAUUGCAGUGCCCAUACGGCACUGUGUGCAAAUGCUGCUGGACAGAGGCUUGAAGGAGGAGGGUCUGUUCAGGGUGGCAGCUGCUGCCUCUGAAGUGAAGAAGCUGAAGAACAGCCUGGACUGUGGAAUCACUGACCACAAUGAGUUCAGCUCUGACCCCCAUGCAGUGGCUGGGGCUCUGAAGUCCUACCUGAGGGAGCUGCCAGAACCCCUCAUGACCUUUGACCUCUACAACGAUUGGUUCGCAGCAGCAGGGGAGAAGGAGGAGUCAGACCGUCUGGAGCAGCUGAGGGUGGUGCUGAAUAAACUGCCCCAAGAGAACUACAACAACCUACGGUACCUGAUGCAGUUCCUGGCUCGCCUGUCGGAGCACCAGGCCGUCAACAAGAUGGGUCCCAGCAACAUCGCCAUCGUGCUGGGACCCAACCUGCUGUGGCCCCGCCCUGAAGGGGAGGACUGUCUCCUGGACAUGGCGUCGGCGUACUCCGUCCAGGUGGUCACUGUGAUCGAGCCGCUCGUACAGCACGCCGGCAGCCUCUUCCCAGAAGAAGAGGAUUUUCAUAUCCGAGAGCCAUUGGGAAGCCCGGAUUUGAGUGAGUCACUGCUGCAGGGCAUGGAUUCCUGGAUGACAUUCACGCACGGCACAAGCCUGUCCUCCUUCUCGUUCACUAACGGCUUGUCAGUCUCCUCGCUUUCUCUUGCUGCCAACUCGGAUACAGCGACCUCCCCGACUCCACCCUCUCACAGCGUCAGCCAGGAAUCCCUGCAGAACCAGAGCCCGGACCAGAACCAGAGCCCGGAUCAGAACCAGGGCCCGGACCAGAACCAGAGCCCGGACCAGAACCAGGGCCCGACUCCCGCUCGUGCCCAGACCCCAGAGCCCAGUCCAAACCAGUCCCGCCUCUCUCCUGCGGUGGCCACUGAGACCCUGUCAGAUGCGCGAUUCUUCUGGCAGUGGAGCACAGAACAGGAGAACCCCGAUCUCUCAAGCUCCACCCAUUCCCGCCGCUCUUCAGACUCCACCCCCUCUAGACCUUCACCCCAUCCAAUAGCCCCGAGGGCCACCCUGUCUGCUGUCAAGGCCCAGGGGCCCUCCGCCGGCAAGGGCAGGAACAGAAAAGCUGUGGUCCAAGCCCCCACCGUUCCCCCACCCCCGCCCCCUUGCCAGCUCUCCUCUGCCACCCAAUGAACCCGUCCGAGGACCCUGGAAUUCCAUUUUGGAAUUUUCUGUAUUCGCUUCUGUGAUGAAUCUCCACGGCAACCUGCUGUUCUGCUGGUCCCUCACAAGCGUGGGGGAGAGAGGCUGGUGUGCUGCAGGAGAACGGGCGGCAUGCAUCGCUGGCCCCGCGGCGCUGGUGUGGUCACCGGCAGCAAGGCCCGCGGUAGCAACGGAGGACUGCCCACCUCAUUAAAAACAAUAUAUUUUUUUUAUUGUACUCAUCACACAGUAUAAUUGUUACUAUUUUAAGUGCACCACAUACAUUUGUAUUGUACAUAUACAUGAUUUACAUACAUACACACGUGGGUGUGUGUGUGUGUGUGUGUGUGUGUGUGUGUGUGUGUACACAUAUAUAUAUAUAUAUAUAUAUAUAUAUAUACCACUAUAAAGGGAACAAAACUCAUAACUAGACUGUCUAACUUUGACUUAAUCAUACUGUGACUGUUAAAGGCAUAGCUCCUUGUAUUGGAGAUGCUGGUUACCACGGUCACCAGAAGGCUGCCCACAACGUUUUGCUUAAGAUGUUAGCUUUCGUUUCUUUGUUAUUAACAUUAACAAGGCACAUGUAACAAACGUAAGGGCUCUUUAAAAUAAAACUUAGUGUCUCGGCUAUUGAGAGGAAGCAGAAAGGAUAAAGUAUGAUUGCACAAGGUUUGGCUGGAACAGAACUGUGGAAUUUAUAAGCCCUGCAAUGUUUCACUUUAACUCCACGCAAACUAAGACGGGAACUGAGUGUGUCAGAUGCAUAGCACAACAAAACAUGCAUAAUAUUCCUAUAACAUGGAAAAAUAUAUUAAUGCUGACAAAUAUGUACAAACAAAAUCUGUUUAAUUUCCCUAUUUCAUUCAGUCCGUGUUCCUCUCACUUGCUCAAGGUCCAAUAUGCAUCACGUAGCAAGAAUUCCAUAAAAUAAAAAACGCUCAGCGUGAUUCCUUUUCUUCUUCAGUCUUUGUGGCACCUGCAAUAUUUGUCAUUCAUUAAUCCCUGCAGAAUCAUUUAUGCUCAUUCAUGCUGGGCAUCUAUUCAUAUUCAAACCGUUCCUCUUUUCUGCAGUUACAUAAGGGUGUUUUUAUUUAGUGAGGACUGAGUGGCCGUUCGGAGACGCCAGGUCAGAAAUGGACGCCCGUGCCCCGCCCAAGUUAAAGAGUUCAGCAGUAAUGCUGAGCUCCAGGGCAGCUCUGUGGCUUCACGUGUUUUUGUAGAGGGUGUGUUGAUAUUGAGAAGAUGCCAUGUACCAAGGGUCAGUGUUUCAGAAUAAAGAAUAAAUCUCUC